AUGAAUUUACCAAAAGUUUCAUUUUUUGAUGAUCCAAAAUCAAAUUUAUGGAUUAAAGAAGUAAUUUAGGCAUCAGAUCCAAAAAUUAGUGGGACACUGAUCAAAAAUUCUAAAUUAGGAAUUUAAAAAGAAAGCAACUAUUUUCUAUAGGAUGGAAAACUGGCUUGUUAACAUAAAUAUAUAGAUCUAUAGAAUGCUUCUCUGGAGAAGAUAAAAAAUAUAGGAUUUAAAUUGACAAAGAAUCGCAAAUCGGUUGAAUUGCUUGCUCAUAAUGAACAGGCACAAGGAAUGUGGUAUAAUUAGCUUAAACAGUAUUGCAUUUAGAGAGGGUUCAAUAAUGUAUACUCCAUAAAUAAAUUGAUUGGGAAAGGGAAUUUUGCAAAGGUAAAGCAUUAUCGAUUAAGUCAAGGUGUACAGUGCAUCCAAAAAGAGUGAUCACUCGAUGUAUGCUGUAAAGGCUUUCGAUAAGCUAAAAUUUUAAGAUAUUAGAAUUGACAAGGUAGAUUCAUAGUGUAAUUAUAGCCUGCUUUGAUUAAGGAGUUAUCAAUAAUGAGAAAGAUGGAAUUUGUGGGUGUAAUAAAAUUAUAUGAAGUGUUUGAGAAUGAUAAUUAUAUAUUUUUGGUAUGUGAAUUGCUAGAGGGAGGUGAAUUGUUUAAUCAAAUGAAAGGGAAAGCAUAUGAUGAGAAAACUGUUGCUCAUAUAAUGUUUAGAAUUUUGCAAUCCAUUGAUUACAUCCACUCAGUUGGUGUUUUGCAUAGAGACAUAAAGGUUAAGAAAAGUGAUAAUUAUAUAGCCAGAAAACUUGAUACUCAGAUCAAAAAGGGACAUGGCUGAUGUCGUGAUUGCAGAUUUUGGUCUUGCUGAUUUCUAUAAUUAAGAAGGAGAUUAUAUGUUUAAGCGUUGCGGAACUCCUGGUUAUGUAGCUCCUGAGUUGCUUUAGGAUAAAAUCUAUGAUUAUAAGAUAGAUAUCUUUAGUGCAGGAGUACUGAUGUUCAUCAUGUUGACUGGUCAAUCUCCAUUCAAAGCCAAAUCAUAUGAUGAAAUAGUGAUGAAAAACUAUCAUUGUUAGAUCGAAUUCAGUUUAAUUAAUAAUCAACCCCUAAGUGAAGAGGCAGUUCAUCUCUUGACUUCGUUACUCGAAAAGAAUCCAGAUUUGAGAAUCAGUUCGGAACUUGCUCUCCAACACCCAUGGUUUUAGAAGUAAGGAGAUCAUAAAUUAAUCUUGUAAAUUGUGUUUAUAUCUUGAAGAGCUGACACAUACCCUAGACAUAAAAAGAACUCUGAAUUGUAUGCCAAAACACCAUUAAUGGGAUAGGAGUUAAAUUAAUCUAUCACUUCGACACCUCUAAGUGUUACACCAUAAAUGAGGAGCAAGUCCAAUACAACUGAUCAAUAAAAAGAAGAUUAAGUUUCGUCUACUUCAAGAUAGUAGAGUUAAUCAUUAAAAAUUUAAAAAUAAGAAUAUAUCCUAGAAGAAAAUGAAUACAAUGUUAAUGAAGAAGAUGAUGUUCCUCAUAGUCAUCAAAUUAAAAUGUAUCAAAUUCAGCCAAAAUUAAAAAAAAGUAUCUAUCUCGAUUUUAUUAAUAGAUUAAGAGGAGUAACAAUAAAAAUAGAAUGUCAAUAACAAAGGUUCACUCUAAUUCAAAGUUUGA